AUGAAAAAUCAACAAAUAGAAAUAAAUGUAUUAAAAAUAUUAAUAACCGGAAUUAUGUAUUUAACAUUAGCAUUUUGUGUUUGGAUUUUACUUAAAUUAAUACAAGCUUGUUUUUGGUUUCCAAAAUAUUUAAAAGGACAAUACAUGACACCAAUUUCAAAGCUUCAUGUUGAAAAAAUUGAGGGAGGCAUAUUAGUUGCUGGAGUGGUUGUAGCAGCUAACUGCCAAGUAGCCCUUCCAGUUUUUGGCUGCCUUUUUAUAUUAGCAGGAAUUGUUUUGACAGUUGCAUCUUACAGAGGUCCUGGUCAAGAUGAAGAACCUGAAAAUUAUGCAGCCAGAAUUGCCUUUACCGGAAAUUCUAGAAUAUUAGGACCAGCUUGCCUAGUUGUUGGUAUUAUCAUGCUGUCUGCCGGUAUUGGAAUUUGUUUUCUUGCUAAAAGUGCUAGAAAAAAAAAGAGAAGAGUUGGUUUUCACUGUCCAAUACACGGUGAUUUUUAUCCCCUUAGUCCAAUAUCAGCACCCAAAGCAAUAAAAUAUCCAAAUACCCCUCCUCAAUGUCCCCAUACACAGCUAUCCAGCACAAGAUCAUCAAUCAGUGCUCCACUUAGUCUUUGCCCUACGCCCAUGCCAUUUUUGGAAGUUGCAUCUUUUCCAUUAUCCAGAACACCAUCUCCUCCGCUUAAUUUUCAAGAAAGAUCUUGUAGUUAUCCAAAUAAUGAAUACAAUACAGGAAUGAAAGGUGAUAAAAUACCUUCUCCAACUCAUACAGAGCUUAAAAAUUUAGUCAAAGAAGAUGAAGAUAAAAAUUUUAGUCCAAAUCAUAAAGAAACAAUUGGAGAUUUUGAAGAUCUUAAAAAAAUAUGUGAGUCUCACAGUGCUCAAAAUAAUUUAAUUGUAAAAAGUAUUUCAACAGAAAACGUUUGUAGUGGAUAA